AAGCCAAGAAGUUUUGACGGUUCACUGUGGUUCACUGUAUACUUUACGUGCAAUAUGUGUUAAGUAAACUUUACCGUUUAUUAUGAAUUACGUAAAAUUAUUUGGAAUAAUUUAGUAAACAAGAAUAUCAUGAAAUAACAAUUUUUAUAAUCAAUCGUUGAACCGUUAUUGAACGUUUAAGAGAAAUUGUGUGAUAACAGCGUGACUAAAAUUUUGUUACGAAAAAUACUUCCAUAUUACUCUGAUUAAAGUAAACUACGGAUGAAAAGCAUAACUGAGAAUGUUGCAUAAAAAAGAGAGUAACCGUCGUAUGUUCAUCGACAUUAAUUUAUUAAUCGAACAAAAUGCUAAAAUCGAAAUCUGUAAGGUAGCAUGUAUAAACAUGUGAAGCCGUUGUAUCACGCGGCCAUUCGUAAAUAUUGCAGCACCUUUCACUGCAAACAGAGAUAUUAUUCAUAAUGGUUGUUUGAAAACCUGUGAAAUAUUGUAACGUGAAAACGAUGAUUUAUCGAAAUCAUGUGAAAUCAUGUGAUGAGUACAAAAAUUCAAAACUAUAAUUUAAAAAAACUGAAAAUUGAAUAUUUAAAUUGACAUGACGAUAUCGUUAUUUAAAAAUACACAUUUCUCAGUUUCUCUUAAUUCAUACAUCACCGAAAAAUAUAUGUGAUUACACAAAGUAUAUUUGAACAAUGAAAUCUUUGUUAAAAAGUUAACAACAUUGUAGAAAAACAAUGUAGUAAUGUAAAGGAAUAAGUAUGGACAUGUGAUAAAAAUAAUUCUAACAGUGCAAAGCAGUGCCAAAGUCAUAGAGCAAAAUGUUUGGUACAACAACCUUCGUAAGCAGGUCACUCCUACCAAUUUUGAUAUUAUUGACAUUAUACUUCCUUGGAAUGGACAUUUUACUAUAUUCUAGAAUACAAAAUUAUGAUAUACGACCAACUUCAAAUGGUACACGAUAUGUUUCAAUUAUACCCUGUGAUUUUAAUCCAUUGUGUACAGUGACUGUGAAAGGAUUAAUGCUCGACCAUCCAAAUUAUUUUCUUCUAAGCCCGCUUGUGGCUAUCAUGGACAAUCUAUUACACAUUAGCGAUUCUUGGACAUGGAUAACACCAAAUGCAAUCAGUUGUUUUCACGUGUUAAUAGCAGUGAUGGCUGGUAAAUGUAUUUCCAGUGAUUCAUUAUCUCAUAGACGCUUAGGUGUAAUACUCUUUCAAGCAAGAACAUGGUUGGAUGAUCUAGAUGGACACGUUGCUAGAAAAAGAGCAAAUAUCGAUGGGGAACGAUCGGAUGUUGGUUCGACUGGUUAUAUCGUCGAUGGUGUUUGCGAUGCUUUGAGUUGUGUUGUUUUAAUUAUUUGUCUGUAUCAAUAUCUUGUCCAUAAUUCAAACAGACGUGGAGGAUACGAUAAGCUAUCACAGCUUCCUGUUUCUUCAGUUCUUGAAUCUGGAAACGUAACCUCAAAAACUUCAAACACAGCACUUCGUAAUAUAUUACUUAUGUCCGUCCACUUGUUCUUGACCAGUGCUGCCUGGAAUCGAUAUAUAUCUUUAUACCAGGAUCUUCUUGAGACUGAAUAUAGAACACCAUCGAUUAGUAGGGAACAUCUUUACGCUAGACAGACAACUAUAUUCAGAGGUUUAUCAUUUUGGAUAAUAGUCCUUUGCUGGAAAUUUAUAAAUUUUCAUGCUGUCAUAGAUUAUCUACUUUUGGCAAUAUUUUUGGAUCGAACACGGGAGUAUAUCAGACUUAUAAGAUGGCCUUCGUACGUGGUUAUAUUGCUGCUUGUUUAUAUAACCGAAUUUCAUUUUCUACAGGCCUAUGCAUAUGUACAAGGUGUACCAUUGAUGAAGAGAUAACUUCAUCCGAUGUUUUCUCCCAAGGAU